CUCUCUCUCUCUCUCAUUUGAGAGCAAAGCCACAGCUUCAAUGCUUUGAAUGCUUUGUAUCUUUGCUGCUUGGCUGAGCACAGGAAUGAACACAGCAGUGGUACACAGAGGAUUCCUCAGGAAAUACGGAGGCUUUAUGUUCAAGCAAUGGAAGGAAAAAUAUCUGGUGUUAACCGUAGAAGGAAAUCUGAUGGUGUGCCGAGAUGCAGACUCAUCGCCUGACCAGGUUGUGAGGCUGCAGAGCAAUUGUGAGUCCAUAGUGGAGGGAAAAGAAAUUCUGGAUUUGCCCCGUUUACCUGCUGGGGGACGCAGAGACAGCUGCUUUGCCCUCAUAUUACCCCAAGACAAAUUUCUUCUUUUGCUCUCAGACAAUCCUGAUGAGUGCAGUCAAUGGCUGAAGUUACUCAGGAAGGUGAAGGAGGGUGUGACUUCACCACUUGCACUAAAGAGACAGCAGAGCAUCACACCCUGCAUCACAGACAGAGAGCCACUUUCAGACAUCUCCAGUGACAAAGACCCCUCGUCCCCCCUCUUUAGUGACAUGAGCCUGAACUCCCCAUGUGUCCGCUCCAGAGAAAACUCCUUCAAACAGAGAGGCAGCAUAAACCAGCGGCCUCCCCGCAGUCCCGCCAUAGCUCCGCCCCUUCGAUCUGCAGACUGUCUGCGACAUGGAAACAGCAGCGACGCGCGGGCCGUAAGAGCCGUCUGUCUGCUGAUGGGAGGAGCAGCCGCGUCCUCGGCUCUGGCCUACUUAAACACCUGUCCACCGUCCUCCUCUAAUGUAUCAGUCCGUGCUCCUGAUAUGACCCAUUCCACAGCUUUCUCUGAGAUGGGAGGAAGUGGCUCAUAUCACACCUGCAGUCAGGCCAUAGAGUCGCCACAUUUUAACAGCUUUGACUUUGAAGGAGAUUCUGAUUUUGAUGCUUUUGACUGUGGAGGGUUUGCAUUUUAAGGUUAUUCAGAGAAAUAUGUUUUACCUUAUCCGCAGGGUUCCCAAAGUCAUAACCAACCUGCGGGUGUCAGAGAAUUGUAAAUUCCAGCCCAGGAAAGUCAUGAAAA